AUGGCCAUGGUGGAGACUGGUGGAGGAGCGGCGGCGGUCAAUGUGCACCAUGGGGUGACCUUGAGCAUAGCCAAAGACGACACUAAAGAUAACGCAACUUCAGCCCCCUACUUUACUCGUCAAUUUUCUCAAAAGCUGAUGGCGGAGUUGCUAGCUACAUACUUCUUGAUAUUUUCCGGUUGUGGCGUGAUCAUGGUGAACAUUGACAAGAAAAAUCCGGUGGGUAUGCCCGGAAUAGCCAUCGUAUGGGGGGCGGUGGUGAUGGUGAUGAUUUACACUGUCGGUCACAUCUCCGGUGCACAUAUAAACCCUGCAGUCACCAUUGCUUUUGCUUCUUGCAAAAGGUUUCCAUGGAAAGAGGUACCCGGAUACGUGAUUGCUCAAAUCCUUGCAUCAAUCCUAGCGAGUGGAACCCUAAGGUUAAUAUUUAGUGGAACACAUGAUCAUUUCGUAGGAAACGCUCCUAUCCACUCGAACCUCCAAUCCUUCGUUAUGGAAAUUAUUAUCACGUUCUAUCUCAUGUUUGUCAUCACUGCAGUUGCGACAGACGAUCGAGCUACAGGACAACUAGCUGGGGUUGCCAUUGGAUCAACUGUUCUACUUAACGCCAUGUUCGCAGGGCAAGUAUCGGGGGCAUCAAUGAAUCCUGCAAGAAGCAUAGGGCCAGCGCUCGUGUGGAACCAAUACCAGGGGCUGUGGGUUUACAUUUUGGGUCCGAUGAUUGGGGCCAUUGGUGGUGCAUGGGCGUAUAACACCAUAAGGUUCACCGAUAAACCAUUGUGUGAGAUAACCAAGAGGGAAUCUCAACAAUGAUUUUUAUUA